CGACGGGUAGGUUUUUGCAGACGGAAGGUGAAAAUUUUCCACAUUACGAAUUGCAAAAAUUGUACAUUUUAACUAAUUUAUUCUUUUGGUUCAAUUAAUUGUUCGAAUUGUGCAUAAAACUGAACACAUUAGAAAGCUGUCAAUUGAAAGUAAAAAAGCCGACAUUUUGAAUUGGAAACUUGGAAAGUUAUUGCGUGCUUGCUGCUCUUGUCAACGUCGAAAGGUUGAAACUGCAGGCAGCAGCAGCAGGCAACUCAACUCGCUCGUCAAACGGGGCAACGUCGCGCUCGUUAUAAUUGUUUGCUUUACUUCAUUAUUUCUACGAUUCGUCGACGAUUUUUGUCGGCCGUACGUUCGCAAGAGAAACAGUUCUUUUUAAUUUCAUACGAAGACUUUGUUGGUGAUUUAUAAUCGAGAAUUAAUACGUGCGAUUGAAAAUCAAAAAGAUGAGUGGCGGAUUACCGGAGUUGGGCUCCAAAAUCAGCCUAAUUUCGAAAGCUGACAUCAGAUAUGAAGGCCGCUUGUAUACGGUAGACCCUCAGGAGUGUACCAUCGCUUUGUCGAGUGUGCGCUCCUUUGGCACCGAAGAUCGUGACACUCAGUUUCAAAUAGCGCCGCAAUCGCAGAUCUAUGAUUAUAUUCUAUUUCGGGGCUCCGACAUCAAAGAUAUUCGCGUUGUCAACAAUCAUACGCUGCCGCACCACAAUGACCCGGCUAUUAUGCAAGCACAGUUGCAGAAUGGUCCCCAGGUGAUGCCCCAACAUUUCCCCAUGAACGCACCACAGCAACAACAGCAGCAGCAACAACAACAACAGCAUGCGACUCCAUCCAUGGGUGGCAACAAUAGCGGCGCAUCGGGCGGAGCACCGGGCAAUGCCUUUGGCAACGGUGGCAACCCCUUCGGCGCAUUGGGAGCUCCAAGUCUCGGCCCCGGAUCGUUGGCGCCUGGCGCUGGAGCACCUGGCAAUGGGGGUGGACCCUUCAUGAACAUAGGCGGUAAUCAGCAGCAACAGAAGCCUCAGCAGCAGAAACAACCAAUUUCCGUUUUAGAUAUGCUGGCGAGCGCAUCGCGUUCAACAACACCCAUUAGCCUGAUUAUCAGUCCCACGGCCGAUAUGACCCAGCAGCACAACCAGCAACAGCAGCUGCAUCAACAGCAGCAGAAUUCAUUGCAAGGUCUUGGUGGUGGUAACAAUGCGCGCGAUGCCGGACAUAAGCGCCAAAACCACCAGCAGCAGCAACAGAAUCAACAGCAGCAGCGAUCUGGCCCGAAUAUGCAACAGCAGAGGAACAACCAUAACAAUAACGAUUUCUACAAUCACGCCCAUCCACAACAGCAGCAGCAACAACAUCAACAGCAGCAGCAGCGUGAUCGCCGUGAUUCAGGCCGUCAAUUGGAUAAUAAUUACAACAAUUACAACAACAACAAUCAACAGCGUAAUCGCGGUGCAGUCGGAGGUGGCAAUGCCAUGCAACAGCAGCGCGGCGGAGGAGGAGGAGGCAAUGGUGCAUGGAAUAUGCAUCGUGGCGGCCCACAGAAUUCCAACAAUAUGAUGAUGCGCGGCAAUCGCGGCAUGGGGGCACGUGGCCCAGCGCGACCCAAUCAGCAAUUUCAGGGCUAUCGUAUGCAGACAACUAACCAGAACAGGCCUCGCAAUAAGAUUAAGUUUGAGGGUGACUUUGAUUUCGAGCAGGCAAACAACAAGUUCGAAGAACUGCGUUCGCAAUUGGCGAAACUCAAGGUGGGUGAUGAGGCCAAUAACAAAACCACAGCUACUACAACAGCUACGUCUGCAACAUCAACAACAACAACUACUACAACUACCACUACUGAUCAGUUGAAUGGAGAGACUGACAAGAAGGAUGAUUCGGGCAAUGAGACUGGCGCUGGUGAGCACGAGCCUGAGGAUGAGGAUGUGCAUGUGGGCUAUGAUGCGACCAAAUCAUUCUUUGACAACAUCUCAUGCGAAGCUGCCCAGGAUCGCAGCAAGAACAAGAAGAGCGACUGGCGUCAGGAGCGCAAAUUGAAUACUGAAACGUUUGGCGCUUCGUCGACUCGUCGUGGCAGCUACCGAGGGCGCAACCAUUACUACAACAAUGGCAACUCAAUGGGCGGCGGUGCCGGUAACGGUGGCAUGAACUCUGGCUAUGGCGGCGCACCUGGCUAUAAUCGCAACAACUAUCGCAUGGGCGGAGGCGGCGGAAAUUACCGCAACCGUAGCAACAAUCGUAAUAAUAAUAAUGGCGGUGGCAAUCCACGUCAGAAUACCAAUGUUACCAAUGGGAACGGUAGUUCAGCUGCUGCUCUUAAGGCGGCCAACAAUGCAGCAGGAGGUGCCGCAGGUACCGGCAACACGGACACCACGGGAUCCAAUGUCGCAACAACGAAGACGGCAGCAACUACGCAUACGGAGCAGACGCAACAAGUGGCGGCAGUUUCUCAAUAAUGUCGCACAAGUGGAAAUUCCUUGCCCCAACUUUACAAAAUAAUUACUGUCCUACUCAAAAAAAAUGAAAAAAAAACAAAAACAA